AUGGCGAUCUAUGUGCAGCUAAACACCACUGCCAAGAUGCCUUUUGUGGGGCUGGGCACCUGGAAGUCUGCAGCUGGGCAAGUAAAAGCUGCAGUGACAGCUGCCAUCGAUGCUGGGUACCGCCACUUUGACUGUGCCUACGUGUACCUGAACAAAAGCGAGACUGGGGAAGGGAUCCAGCAGAAAAUCAAGGAAGGUGUUGUGAAAAGAGAGGACUUCUUCAUUGUCAGCAAGCUGUGGUGCACCUUUCACGAGAAGAAGCUGGUAAGAGCUUGCCAGAAGACUCUUGCCAAGCUGAAGCUGGAUUACCUGGAUCUCUACCUCAUGCACAGGCCUUUUGGGUACCAGGUAUAG